UAUAUAUUACGGUUCUACCUCUAACCUUUGGUUCAAAACACCCGAAGGGCAAAGGCAGCAAAACCCAACUCCGCCCCCUGCCUUUCACAUAAUUUGUCUCUGCCGUCUUCUCCUCUUUGGGCUUAGAAAGAAGGAAGCCUUUUUUUUGUUGUUUAAAGGUUGCAGGGAAGUGGAGAGAGACAUAAAAGGUUAAUUUUUAUAUUUUUAUAUGGAGGGUAACAGUAACGCUAAUAUUGUUGCGCCGUUCGUUGUGAAAACUUAUCAGAUGGUCAAUGAUCCAAUGACUGAAACUUUGAUCACUUGGGGCAAAGCUAAUAAAAGUUUCAUAGUCAUCGACCCUUUAGAUUUCUCUCGGAGGAUCUUGCCUCUGUUCUUCAAGCAUAGCAAUUUUUCUAGCUUCGUUCGCCAGCUUAAUACUUAUGGUUUCAGGAAGGUGGAUCCAGAUAAGUGGGAAUUUGCAAAUGAAUGGUUUCUCCGAGGGCAAAAGCAUUUGCUUAAGAACAUAGUCAGGAGAAAGCAUAAUAAAAAUCCCUGCAUGCAAGUGAAAGCGGAGGAUUUAGACGAUGAAGAAAUAGUCAUGGAAAUAGCGAGGCUAAAAGAGGAACAAAAGUCGUCGGAAGAAGAGCUACAAGGCAUGAACAAGCGUUUAGAAGUCACGGAGCGACGCCCGCAACAAAUGAUGUCGUUUCUUUGCAAAGUUGCUGAUGACCCUGACCUCCUUCUUCGUAUGAUGCUCGAAAAGGAACGAACACGACAACUUAACACCGAGAAGAAGCGGCGGAUGACGAUGACACCAUCCUCGUAUUCAUCGUCUUCGAGCCUGGCGGCUUCGAAUAAUUCAGUGAAAUCUGAAGAUGAAAGAGAAGGGCAUCCAGGAGUAAAUUCUUCCCCGGAAAAUGGAUUCGAUAUUGACAACAACUUUUCUCGCUCAAGUUAUCAGUCGUCGCCAUUGCCUGAGGACUCCAAAGUGUUGUUGGGGCAUAAUCGACAAAUUGUGGGACAGGUCAUGAACUAUGGUUGCGCCACAGUAACAAGCAAAUUUCCGGCGGUUAUGGUGGCUCCGUCAGUGAUUGAAAGCGGCAUGGCGGUGUCUUCGUCGGGGACGAGUAGUAUAGAAGGGUAUGGUGAUAAGAAAGGGCAAAUGGGCUAUUUUGGAGAAAUGGCGGCGGCAGGAAUGGAGGCGCAUCUACUACCGCCUUAUCCAUUCUCUCUAUUAGGGGAUAAUUUUUUCUUUUAGUUAGUUGCUUUACAUGUUAUAUCUUGGAUUCUAUCUUUCCUAUUGAUUUUUGUUUUUGGUUUUAGAUUUUGCUUAUUUUGCAAUUUUGUUUUGUUUUGUUUUUUUGAUUUAUGUAUAUAAAAAAUGAUUUAAUUGUAAGGUUAAUAAAGAGCUUAUAUUACAUGCUUAAAUCUCAAAAAAGUUGGGGAGAAUGUAAAUAUAAUAUUAUUAUUUGCUAGUUAGCUUCAUAUAUAUGCU